CAACAGAGGUUCACGUAAUCCCUCCAGGCAAGAUUUUACUAGCCAGGAGGGACACGGAUCGAGGGAGCAGGUGGUCGGCCUAGUUGCAGUCAUCUGGUGGCACAAGCUAUACCUGGUACUACCCAGAUGACAGUCAGAAGCAUCAUCUUUAGCACAUAAUUUUAGUUCGAGCCACAACAUUGUCUCCUGUGCAAAAGCAAACUUUUGCCUUUAUUUUUCCUUCAUUUACAAUGUAAUGUCUUCCUGUCCUUGUUGCCUUUCUAUGAAUCCGCUGCAGUUUGCCAAUGUCCUUUCUAAAAUGGACUGAACUGAGCAGAACUGGGCAGGAAUCAUGAUGUCUCCCACCCAAGGGUGCUGUUGGAGUGCAGAAGGAUCUGGAGGGCAGCAGGAUUCCCACUCACCCUGGGGGUCUAUCCAUCUGUCUCCUCUAUACCGCCUUCUCUCAUGUACUGCUGCUAGGCUGAGUGCCUUGGCUCUGGCUGAAGUUACAUACCUUUGUGGUAUAGGUUUUGUAAGAAUGCAGUAUGUCAAGGAACUUUGUGGCCUAAUGUGCUCUCAGUGUCUCCAGGCGCCUUGCUUUAGAAACGUGGGGCAGGGAUCACGCUGCAGGGAAAGAGAGGAUCAGGAAAAUAUCUUUUUCCCGAGUUGGGAGAAAUCUACACAAGAAAAUGAAGUAUUUUUCUCCCAAGACUGAUCACUUGGGAUAGUCUGUCCAUACAGAUGGCCACUCAGAUUUUGAGUGGAGAUGUGAAGAAGCGGGAUCUAGGUAGGAAAUGCUUUGCAUCGUUAGCCCCUUUCCGUGUUGACCAUAUUAUUAGAGGCCUUCCUUUACCAAGGUUGGAUUAGACACAGGAUCUUAGGCCGCUAUCCCCUUUGCAGGGAUUGUUCUUUGUUGGGCAAGUGUUAAAGUGCUUCUCAGCAGGCAACGGGCUCUUACCAGUUGGGCCAGUCUUUCUCCCCUCUUCCCCUGUGAUUGCUACAGCACUAGGCUAUUGUUCUUCAUGUUCAAUGAGAUCUUUCUGUACUCUGCUCCUGAUAAGAUUUUCCUCUUAUUCAUCUCGCAGGUAACCUCUAAACGAACCUUAUGAAGAAAACAUUGCCCUUUGCCUUACGUCUGAAAGGAAAGUACGCAGGAUUAACAAGAACAAGAAAUAAAUUGGAGAAAUUAUAUUUCAAGCUACAUACCUUUGAAUGUAAGGAAAGGAAGGAUUGUGCUGUAAAAAGAGGGGUUGGUAAAGAGAAAAUAAGGCUACAGCAAUACAGAGACUGGGAAGAGGAAAUGUCCUAUUCAGGAGUCCAUAUCUGUGAACUUCAGGCAUAAUAUUAGAAUAAUAAAUGUUAAAAAAUGGAAACUUCAUUGUCAAAAUCACACACAGGGGAGAAGCGACAUAAUUGUAAGGACUGUGGGAAAUGUUUCAUUAGGAGAAGUUCUCUUGCUAAACAUCAACUAACUCACACAGGAGAGAAGCCAUAUAAAUGUGUGGAAUGUGGAAAGAGCUUCAGUCAGAGUGGAAAUCUACACACCCAUCAAAGGACUCACACAGGGGAGAAGCCACAUACAUGCAUGGAAUGUGGAAAGAGCUUCAGUCAGAGUGGAGAUCUACGCACCCAUCAAAGGACUCACACAGGGGAGAAGCCACAUACAUGCAUGGAAUGUGGAAAGAGCUUCAGUCAGAGUGGACAUCUGCGUAUCCAUCAAAGGAUGCACACAGGAGAGAAGCCACAUAAAUGCAUGGAAUGUGGAAAGAGCUUCUGUCAGAGUGGAGAUCUGCGUAUCCAUCAAAGGAUACACACAGGAGAGAAGCCACAUACAUGCAUGGAAUGUGGAAAGAGCUUCAGUCAGAGUGGAGAUCUACGCACCCAUCAAAGGAUCCACACAGGGGAGAAGCCACAUAAAUGCAUGGAAUGUGGAAAGAGAUUCAGUAAGAGUGGAAAUCUACGCACCCAUCAAAGGAUCCACACAGGGGAGAAGCCACAUACAUGCAGGGAAUGUGGAAAGAGAUUCAGUGAGAGUGGACAUCUGUGUAUCCAUCAAAGGAUGCACACAGGAGAGAGGCCACAUACAUGCAUGGAAUGUGGAAAGAGAUUCAGUCAGAGUGGAGAUCUACGCACCCAUCAAAGGAUCCACACAGGGGAGAAGCCACAUACAUGCAUGGAAUGUGGAAAGAGCUUCAGUAAGAGUGGACAUCUGCGUAUCCAUCAAAGGAUACACACAGGAGAGAAGCCACAUAAAUGCAUGGAAUGUGGAAAGAGCUUCAGUGAGAGUGGAGAUCUACGCACCCAUCAAAGGAUCCACACAGGGGAGAAGCCACAUACAUGCAUGGAAUGUGGAAAGAGCUUCAGUAAGAGUGGACAUCUGCGUAUCCAUCAAAGGAUACACACAGGAGAGAAGCCACAUACAUGCAUGGAAUGUGGAAAGAGCUUCAGUCAGAGUGGAGAUCUACGCACCCAUCAAAGGAUCCACACAGGGGAGAAGCCACAUACAUGCAUGGAAUGUGGAAAGAGCUUCAGUAAGAGUGGACAUCUGCGUAUCCAUCAAAGGAUACACACAGGAGAGAAGCCACAUACAUGCAUGGAAUGUGGAAAGAGCUUCAGUCAGAGUGGAGAUCUACGCACCCAUCAAAGGAUCCACACAGGGGAGAAGCCACAUAAAUGCAUGGAAUGUGGAAAGAGCUUCAGUCAGAGUGGAAAUCUACGCACCCAUCAAAGGACUCACACAGGAGAGAAGCCACAUACAUGCAUGGAAUGUGGAAAGAGCUUCAGUCAGAGUGGAGAUCUACGCACCCAUCAAAGGAUACACACAGGAGAGAAGCCACAUACAUGCAUGGAAUGUGGAAAGAGCUUCAGUCAGAGUGGAAAUCUACGCACCCAUCAAAGGACUCACACAGGGGAGAAGCCACAUAAAUGCAUGGAAUGUGGAAAGAGCUUCAGUCAGAGUGGAGAUCUACGCACCCAUCAAAGGAUUCACACAGGAGAGAAGCCACAUAAAUGCAUGGAAUGUGGAAACAGCUUCAGUGAGAGUGGACAUCUGCGUAUCCAUCAAAGGACUCACACAGGGGAGAAGCCACAUACAUGCAUGGAAUGUGGAAAGAGCUUCAGUCAGAGUGGAAAUCUACACACCCAUCAAAGGACUCACACAGGGGAGAAGCCACAUAAAUGCAUGGAAUGUGGAAAGAGCUUCAGUCAGAGUGGAAGUCUACGCACCCAUCAAAGGAUGCACACAGGAGAGAAGCCACAUACAUGCAUGGAAUGUGGAAAGAACUUCAGUAACAGUUCGAAUCUUCGUACCCAUCAAAAGAUUCACACAGGAGAGAAGCCACAUCAGUGUCUGGAAUGUGGGAAACAAUUUGAUUGGAAAAGUUCUCUUACUGUACAUGAACGGACCCACACAGGGGAGAAGCCAUAUGAAUGUGUGGAAUGUGGAAAGAGCUUCAGUCAGAGUGACAAAUUACGUUCCCAUCAAAGGACCCACACAGGGGAGAAACCCUAUAAAUGCAUAGAAUGUGGAGAGAGCUUCAGUCGGAGUGACAGUCUACGUUCCCAUCAAAGGACCCACACAGGGGAGAAACCCUAUAAAUGCAUAGAAUGUGGAAAGAGCUUCAGUCAGAGUGACAAGCUACGUUCCCAUCAAAGGACCCACACAGGGGAGAAGCCAUAUAAAUGCAUAGAAUGUGGAAAGAGCUUCAGUCAGAGUGACAGUCUACGUUCCCAUCAAAGGACCCACACAGGGGAGAAGCCAUAUAAAUGCAUAGAAUGUGGAAAGAGUUUCAGUCAGAGUGGCAGUCUACGUUCCCAUCAAAGGACCCACACAGGGGAGAAGCCACAUAAAUGCAUGAAAUGUGGAGAAAGCUUCAGUCACAGUGGCUGUCUACGUUCCCAUCAAAAGACCCACACAGGGGAGAAGCCACAUAAAUGCGUAGAAUGCGGAAAGAGCUUCAGUCACAGUGGCAAUCUACGUUCCCAUCAAAGGACCCACACAGGGGAGAAGCCAUAUAAAUGCAUGGAAUGUGGAAAGAGUUUCAGUCAGAGUGGACAUCUACGUUCUCAUCAAAGGACCCACACAGGGGAGAAGCCAUAUAAAUGCAUGAAAUGUGGAGAAAGCUUCAGUCACAGUGGCAGUCUACGUUCCCAUCAAAAGACCCACACAGGGGAGAAGCCACAUAAAUGCGUAGAAUGCGGAAAGAGCUUCAGUCACAGUGGCAAUCUACGUUCCCAUCAAAGGACCCACACAGGGGAGAAGCCAUAUAAAUGCAUAGAAUGUGGAAAGAGCUUCAGUCAGAGUGACAAGCUACGUUCCCAUCAAAGGACCCACACAGGGGAGAAGCCAUAUAAAUGCAUAGAAUGUGGAAAGAGCUUCAGUCAGAGUGACAAGCUACGUUCCCAUCAAAGGACCCACACAGGGGAGAAGCCAUAUAAAUGCAUAGAAUGUGGAAAGAGCUUCAGUCAGAGUGACAGUCUACGUUCCCAUCAAAGGACCCACACAGGGGAGAAGCCAUAUAAAUGCAUAGAAUGUGGAAAGAGUUUCAGUCAGAGUGGCAGUCUACGUUCCCAUCAAAGGACCCACACAGGGGAGAAGCCACAUAAAUGCAUGAAAUGUGGAGAAAGCUUCAGUCAGAGUGACAGUCUACGUUCCCAUCAAAAGACCCACACAGGGGAGAAGCCACAUAAAUGCAUGAAAUGUGGAGAAAGCUUCAGUCAGAGUGACAGUCUACGUUCCCAUCAAAGGACCCACACAGGGGAGAAGCCAUAUAAAUGCAUAGAAUGUGGAAAGAGCUUCAGUCAGAGUGACAAGCUACGUUCCCAUCAAAGGACCCACACAGGGGAGAAGCCAUAUAAAUGCAUAGAAUGUGGAGAAAGCCUCAGUCAGAGUGGCAGUCUAAGUUCCCAUCAAAGGACCCACACAGAGGAGAAGUCACCUUAAUGCACGGAAUAGGAACAGAGCUUUAGAAAAAGUUCAGCAUACAGUAGACAUCACAGAACUCAUGUACCUCUAGAGGAGACGGGCCUUUGAGUUUCUGAAUCUAUAAAAACACAUUGGAAGGAAAGAGGAAGGCCAGCACCUUGCUCUCUCUCCACCAUGAAUCGGAGUUUGUGUGGCCUUGGUUGACGGCUACUGGGAGCAGGUGUCACUCAGAAUGGCAGCAAGCUUGGAAGGGGUUCACCUAACCUCCUCCUCAAAGAGACCCAUCGCAGGCUUCUAGGAUGAUGUGUGAAGGUUUGCUGAAAUGAGCAGCAGCAGAGAUCUCUGGAUUAAAGGGUUCUGAAAAAGAAUAGCUCUUUGGUUGCAGAUAACGUCGUAUCUUCAUACUCCUGCCUUAUUUCUUGGCUCUUCUGCAUUCAAUGGCAUCAAUUGUUUCCCAUGCAUGUGUACUGUAUGUACUGUGAUCUGUCCUGAGUCCCUUGGUUGAAAUUUUGGGUGCUAGCCCUGUACUUUUAACCCUUUUCUGGACUUUGUUGUAUCCUGAAUCAUUGACUCUAAAUUCUGGACUGACGUCUAGGUUUCGUAUAUGGACUUGGACUUUGUUUGUAUCCCUGACUUUCUGGCUUGACUUUGGGACUCUAAAUUCGGUUUGUACUCUUGAUUUCUUGGUUGUUGUUUUAUCAACUCAGCUGAAUGAACUCCUGGCAUGUGACUGUUGGGACUGUGACCUUGGUUCUUGUUAAUUUUCACUCCUGACCUGUAUCUGCAGUACUCAACUUGUCCGCAAUAAUUGGACUCUUGACCUGCACUUGUAUUCAUUGUUCCUUCAACUGUGUUGCUCCAAUUAUUUUAGCUCAGUGGCUCCCAACCUUUUUUUAACUAGGGAUCAUUUGACAAGGGACCACUCUCCAAAAUUAGUACCAGAAGGGUUAUAAAUCAGUUUUUGGUCAACUUUAGAUUUGGUUUGGUUAUUUGGAGUGAUGAUUCAGAAAAUUGCAUUGGAUAGACCACGUCAGCUCUCAUUCCUGAUAUGCCAUCCAGUUAGUCGUCAUCUGCUCGCCCACAGAAAACCAUAUUUAAUAAUCCUCAGGACUAUAAGAGGGUUUCGCGAGACCAGUCACUCUCAUUGUAAUGGUGUAGUAACUGUGAGGCUGUGAACCCUAUUUUAGUUCUUGCGGACCACUGGUGGUCCAUGGACCCCAGGUUGGGAACCACUGUUUUAGCUGGACUGAAGACUUUAGUUUUCCUAUAAAAUAAUAUGGUCUUGUCUUGUGUUUGCUUAAUAAACCUCAGACUUUAUACCGAGAGAGCCCUGGAACAUGAGACCAUCAGCCUUGCUUUGUGUGUACUUAUCCCUGUGUAGAGUGAAACCCUUUCUGGAUAUGAGACUGUUCAAUCCCCACCUUUGGCAAAGGGUCCAUUAGGACACACAGUAUCCCUCCCCAACUGCAGAGAAUGGAAGACAAAAAAUGACUACAACAACUGAUGAAGAUUCAUGAAUCCGUUGAGAUGGACAUAUUAACUACAUUGAUGAAGUAUAGAACCGCAUUGAAAGGAAAUAAGAGUAAAUAGAGAUACAAAUCAUAUAGUGAGUGAGUUUUGUAAAUUAGCGUUUGAUGUCAGUUAGUUUUGUUCUUAUUGUCCAAGGUGUGUGUCCUUGUUCCCUUUAUAUUUGUUAAAUAGUCCUUUUUUAAAAAAAUGUACCAAAAUUAUUAUUUGUAUAAAAUACUGUUUUUAAAUACCAAAAUUGUAAUUUGUGUAAACAUGCUUUGAUUUGUUUUUCUUCUUUAGUCUUUGAAUAAAUAUUGUUUUUUAAAAACGA